GACAGAACUCAAGGACGAUGAGAAGAUAGUAACAGGCUCAUUCCGAGCUGUGCCACGAAGUCUAGAAGACUGGAAUGAGGAAGAGGAAGAAAAAGAUGACUGUGAAGAAGGGGAGCAGCUACAUCGCACUCGCCUGCAAAUAACCACUACUGAACCACGUACUAUUGUGUAUGUUCGGCAGCAGGAAAUUCUAACUGAGAAACAGAUUGAUCAUAUGUUGUGUUACCCAGAUAUAAGUCGUAUUUCCUUUCUGCCACUUAUAGACCCACAGCCAGGAGAUGUUUUUGUUGUUGCAAUACCAUACAGAAAAGGAGAAGUCAGAAGAAUGGAUUGCUACAACUGGUAUGUAACUGGACACAAGAAAGGGAAGUACAGACGCACUUACAGCUAUAUCAAGGAAGAGGAUGGCAACAUUAGUCACAGAUUAUUGCGUUACACCUAUGACUAUGCCUGGGAGAGCAUGCCAGGAUUACGAGUGAUUCACUACAUACCUGGGGAUCCUCGCCACCAAGUUCAGUGUGUGGGGAAGAAGCCAAAUUUUGAGGAAGAGCCUGAGGGACAAGGCAAUGGACCUUUGUACAGAGCCUACACAGCACCAAUGACUCAUAGAGAUGCACUUGCCAUAAUCAAUGACCCACCAAUGUACCACUUGUGUGAUUUGCCAAUCCAGGAUCCAAAAGCUGGUGAUGUUUAUAUUAUUAAAGCUCCAUCAAUGGCCAUUACAAGAAGAGAAAUGAUGUAUGACAACAUGACUUGGAGUGAAGGACAUGUAAAGCACGUUGGGGGUAAACGACCAGUUGUGCGAAAAAUCAAAUAUGUGUCUGUUGAUCCAAGUGAUGGAAUAAAGUCAGAUGCAUUUUCCCGAGUGACUUGGGAAAGGCUUGUUGAUGUGACAGCACUGGACACAGAGAUGCCUAUGUCUAGAAAAAAACAAGCUUAUAUCAUCAUUCAUUACCUUGGAGAUGAAACUUUGGCUGGAGAAAUGGUUCGCAAAGGCAAGGAUGGCGCUCUUCACCUUCGUCAAAUAAGACAUUACAUAGAGACAGGGGCUUAUCUUGCCUCUGUUCACCUAACAGAGAAGAAUGGCAUUAGAAAGUCUGCCAAGAAGUUUGUAAUUGAAGAUAAAAUGAUGUAUUAUGUUGGCAAGGAUGGCUCUGAAAAGAGGUUGGUGCUGUACACCAAUGAGGAGAAAAACAAAGCAUUUGAGGAGUGUCAUGUUCUGCAUAAAUCUGGGGAGCAUUGUGGUCGCACAAAGACAUUACACCGCCUUGCAAGCAAGUAUUAUUGGACGAACAUGGUAGAAGAUAUUGUUGCUAUGAUUGUUAGAUGCAAGACCUGUGAGUUCAACAAAUUAAACAGACCUAACCAGAGAUAUGUUAGAGUAACUGAGCCAUGGGAGGUGGUGAGCAUUGACAUUAUUGGUCAGUUUGUUACCUCAGACCGAGGUCAUGUUUUUGUUGCAGUCAUAAUUGAUAUGUUCACCAAAUACACUGUGGCUGUACCUCUAAGGGAUACUACAGUAGCUGACUUGACUUCUGCAAUCCAAAGCAUUGUCUUCCAGCAAGGCCCUCCAAGGAAAUUUAUAUCAGAUCAGAAUGAAGACUUUAUCAAAGAGCUGAACCAGGGCCUAGAGAUGGAUGUUGGUCUGGUGGGUAAUGUGGUGGCAGUGAGCAAGACUCAGAUCAACCGGCCAGAUGAAGCCAGCAUUAAGACCUCCAUCUUGCACCAUUGUCUAGAGUCUGCCAGCUUUUGGGAUGAUCUGCUUCAGAGAAAGGUUUAUGAAAUUAACACGACGUAUGUAACUGCCAGUGGACAUACUCCAUUUUACCUCAUGUUCCAUCGCCAAGUUAGGCCAUUGGAUUUCAAUUCCAGCUUCCAGGUGAAUGGUAAUGGAAAGCCAACCUUUGUGGUAAGAGACAUAGAAAGGUAUAUGGAGGAGAGGGAGCAAAAAGCAAAUGAUAUAAUUAAUCAGGUGUUGACUGGCCAGUCAUCACAGUCAGAGCAUAAGAUUUGUCCAGAGGAGGUUGCUGCAACUGAAUGUGUGGAGAACAUCACCACAACAGCAUUGCUAGAUGCAGUGCAUGAAGGCAGUCAUGAGCACCAGACCAGUGUUCAAGUUGUAACUGGAACUUCUGGGCCUGAUGAAGAUCAUGCUCACUAUACGCAUGUGGCUCAUCUUUCAGAAGGACAGGUGAUUCAAGACCCAGGAGGCUCGGUAUAUGAAAUGGCUGAUGGUGAGGGUCAUGUUGUGGUAGUAGCUGAUGGAAUGCCUGGACUAGAAGAUGGAAGUGAAGUACCUGGUCAACAUAUGGUAGUUGUUCAACCUGGUACAGGAGACCAGAAUGUGGUCAUGCUCACAGAGAACCAAGUUAUCAUGGAAACAGUGGAUGGUCAGCAGUUUACAUACAUGCCACAAACAUGAAACAAUAUCAGUCAAAAUUUUUACCAUUGACUGAUUGUAAAUCUGUGGAAGUUUCUGAGUUUAGU